AUGACUUUGGAAGAAAGCAUAAUUGUUUUGUCUCCAUUUGAGACUAAUAUAUUCCUUGAAUAUGGUGGAAAUCCCUCAAUUGUCUUUGGUACCAACAACUUGUGGAAAAAGCCAAGUUCUCAAUUAGUACAGCAGUUAGGAUCGACUGAGGCAGAAGAGGCCUUGAAUAAAUGUGCCACUGCAAUUUACAGUAUUCCAAGUGAUACAAAUAAUCUUAGUGUUUCUGUUAAAAAGAACCAUAUCAUCGUGACUGGUGUAACAGGAAGCACGGAUUAUGAUCCCAUUGUAACAUCUACGUUCCAUGUACCGUUACCAGUGGAUACUGAAUUUGAUAAUAUUUUGAACAAUUAUAAGGACAUAUUUGAUGAAAUCUGCAAAGAAUUCAAUAUCGAUAUUGUGGUAAUGAAGCAAUCUGGGAUCAAAAAUGGACUUUUGUUCUACCUAUACGGUACUGCCACCAAUGUUGCCAAAGCCCAACAACAAGCGCUGGCUACCGCAGAUUUAGUUAGACACCACGAUAAUGUCAUCUUAGACUACGUAGAUUUAGACUCAAUUUCUCUGCUACCUUACUUCAUGGAUCCAUCAAAUCUGCAUUUUCUCAAGAGCCAUCAUAAGACAAAUUGUUUUGUACCGCAAGUAUUAUCCCUAAAUACAGAGGCAAAUCCACAGUUAAUUCUGACAAGUAAAAUUUAUUCAAAUCUUUUGAGAACCAAAUACUUGCUACAAGAGAAAUGUAAUUUAAUGAAGGAUUCCCUUUAUUACAAAAAAAUAUCUAAUGUUCCAAUUGGUAAAAUAGCAUUUCUAAAGAAGUUUUUUGGCACUCAAAUAAAUCAGUUUAUGAUAGAAAAUCAAACAUUUAUCAGACUAGAAAAGAAUUUCAUUGAAUUUCAAUCCUCAUUUUUACAUCUCCUAGAUUUAUCAAUAAAAAAUUUUACAUUAUUCUUCUUACAAAAUGUUAUCGAGCUCACCAUAUUCACAGAUAAAAAAUCAGACCUUCAAAAUAACAUACUACAAAACUUCAGAGAAUCUGAAUUUUUGUUAAUCCAUUCUAGCGCAAUCGAAGAUAAAAUUUUCCUGAUCACUACGUAUUCAAAUUUGCUAUCCAGAUGUAAAGCAGUGUUUGACAAGGAAAAUGAAUCAAUAGAACAACUAAAAGUUAACUUUGAAAUCCAUUUAGAUUACGAAGAUUUUAUUUCUGGUAAGAAAAAUGGUAAACUUACCAGAAUUAUUGAAACGUCAAACUCAAUAAUCGAAUUAAGCAAUUCAAAUGAUACUUUAAUGACAAUAUCUCUAAUAAAUGAAACUUUUGAAGAUUUUAGUAUAUCUUUGAAAAAACUAAUAGAUGAAUUACCAGCAGAAGUAUCAUUUUUCAUCGCUGAAGUUUAUCAUAGACCUAUCAUUGGCACAGGUGGAUCAAUUAUUCAAACUAUCAUGAGGAAAAAUAACGUUUUCAUCCAAUUUUCUAAUAGCUAUUCUUUACCACAAGAUAAAUUAUAUUUAGAAAGAUAUGACAAUGUCAUUAUUCGUUGUCCCAACAAAAAUAAAGGCAAUAUCAAAUUUGCCAAAGAGGAACUUUUAAAACUUGUCGAGAACUUUCAGUUCUUACAAAACUCAAGCAAACUAGCUUUGACGAGUAAUAAGUUCAAUAACAUCAUCCUCAAUAAUGGGAAUUUAAUGAAUUUAAUCCAACUGGAGAAAAAAUUCAAUGUCUUCAUCAAGUUUCCAAAAACUUUCCACUCUGACAGAGAAAACAUAAUGCAAAUCAAUGGUAAUGACAAUAAUGUUAUUAAUAUGGUUACAAAUACAAUUUUACAGGACGAGAAGCUUUGGAUAAGGGAGGUGAGUUUGAAGCUCUCCUCAAAUUUCAAAAAAUUUAUUGAAGCGGAUUCAAACUUAAUUCUUUUCUAUAACGAGGUGAUAAAUCCUUUAGAAACGGCAUUUAAUGGCUCCUUUGUUACUUUGGAUAAAUUGCAAUCCAUGAUUACAGUGUCUUAUAUCGAUGAUGAAAUAUUAGACGAGAAGAUAGUCAAAUUAAUUGGGAGCUACUUAAAUAAUAAUGGAAUCACCGUCAGUAGAUAA